CGUUUCUCAGCGUUUGUCAGAAUGGACACAUUACGGUUGUUUGUGAUUUCUGGAAACGUUUUUAUACAGAUCGAAGGGCCAGAUUUCUAUACGGUGUGUCACAGCUAUAAGAGCGAACAGGUGUAAACCUUUAAAUAAGAGAUAACACACGUUCAGUGAUAAACGCGAAUACGUUGAUUAGUUUGUUGGGCCACCGAGCGCCCCCUGCAGGGAGAACCAUGCGUUCAAAGGGAGAACAGUUCUUAGAAGAAUCCUAAAAAAAGAUUGAUCGUCUGAAGACCCGACCCAAGUCCGUUGCGCUGAAGCUUUUACAGGGAAUAGGUGUCCAUCUGGACCGAGUGAACUUAUCUCAGCAGGUCCCGCGCCUCCGAUUGGCUGACUCCAGUCCCCUCACAUGACUCGAGGCGGCCGUAAACACAGCGGUCAUGUGACACGAGCCGGAGAAGAAGCGACAAUCACGGCGAUCAUGUCUGAACGGACGCCGCUGCUGCAUUACCGGCUCUCCGCCAGCGUCAAUGAAUCCGAGCAGCGCGAGACCGUCACCGGAGGAGAUGAGCGCGAGCACCGGAGCCCGGCGACCGUCCGGCGGAAAUCCGCCGUUAAACAGACGCCGAAACUCAACACGUUCUUCGGCGUGGUGAUCCCGACACUGCUGUCAAUGUUCAGUGUGGUCGUGUUCCUGAGAAUAGGUUUUGUUGUGGGUCAGUGUGGUCUGUAUCAGACUAUAGUGAUGCUGCUGGUGGCGUAUUUCAUCAUCAGUAUGACGGUUCUGUCUGUGUGCGCCAUCUCAACUAACGGAGCGCUGGACGCUGGAGGAGCAUACUAUAUGAUCAGUCGUGCUUUGGGUCCAGAGUUUGGUGGCAGUAUUGGGAUUAUGUUUUUUCUGGCUAAUGUGUGCGGCAGCGCCCUCUUUGUGCUGGGGCUGGUGGAGGCCAUUCUCGCCACCUUCGGAGCUCCUGAAGAUGGAUCGUCUGCCGUCUCCCGGUACGCGGUGUUGCCAGGGGGUUACUGGUGGUCCUUGCUUUACGGCACAGUGAUUUUACUGCUGUGUUUGUUCGUGUGUCUGAUCGGAGCUGAUAUCUACGCUAAAGCCACCUUCAUCAUCUUCCUCAUCGUCAUGGCGGCGUUGGGCAUCAUUUUCAUCAGUUUCUUUGCCGUCAAGCCUCACGUCAUCGACCUGCCCAACCGGAACUCGUCCUUGGGUCCGACGGAAGCCAACUUCACCGGCUUCAAAUUAGACACGCUGGUGGCAAACCUGCAGGCGGACUACACAGUGGACUACACUACAAAUGUGAUGAUGACAUUUGCGACCGUGUUCGCUGUGAUGUUUAACGGAUGUACUGGGAUCAUGGCUGGAUCCAACAUAUCUGGUGAUCUGAAGAACCCGAGCUACUCCAUUCCUCGCGGCACCAUCACAGCCGUCAUCUUCACCUUCAUCAUCUACAACCUGCUGAGUUUACUGAUCUCCUGCACCUGUGGCCGAGUUCUCUUGCAGAAAGAUUACAGUUUUCUCCGAGAUAUAAACGUCUGGGGUCCUCUCGUGACCAUCGGUGUUUAUUCCUCCACGCUGUCGGCUGCUAUGAGCAAUCUGAUUGGUGCAUCCCGUAUUCUGUACGCUCUGGCCCGGGAUGAUCUGUUCGGACGAGCUCUGUCUCCAGCUAAACGCACAUCAGGCAGUGGGAAUCCCUGGUCGUCUGUCCUCAUCUCUUGGUUUCUUGUGCAGGUGAGUUUAUUUCUUAUCAUCAGCUGUCAUCUGGAUAUGCGGGUUCAUUUUUUGGCUUAA